AUGGCGGACCAUCAAAAUAUCAUGUGCGAAGUGGAAAUUCAACCGGACAUUCAAGAAUGCGUUGAAAUCGAGACGAAUCCGGUGGAGAUGACGGACGGUUGUGAGACUAUAGUCGAAUGCGGGGAGCCUAUGAUGUCUAUGCAAUCCCUGGAAGGCAGAGAUAUCAUUUUAGAGGCCCAGGAAGAAAUCAUAGACGAUUCCGGCGAUCCGUUGCAUUUGUACGACGUCCCGGAGCCGGAUUCGUCCGAUUUGUACGUGGAGUACGUCGAGUCCUCUCCGGGGCCCUCGAAGAGGAAAAAAAUGAUGAAAAACCGCAGCGUUCUGUCCCGUCGCGAAAACGAAUUGCUCAGUGAUAUGCACGUCGAAACGAAACCUCGGAAGUGGGAACAAAAACAAGUACAAAUCAAAACAAUGGAAGGUGAAUUUUCCGUAACCAUGUGGGCUUCGGGUGCCAGUGAUGAUGAAGGCUCCAAUCCCGAACCGGACCCGGAUUACACCGAAUACAUGACCAGCAAGAAAAUUCCAGUCGACGGUAUACCAGGUUUAGACCUUUCGGAUCCCAAGCAAUUAGCCGAAUUCGCCAGGCCCGGACUCAAAAGUCCAAGAGUUCGGAGACCAAACCAAGACAACACAGACAGGACCAUUGCUUGUCCACACAAAGGUUGCAAUAAGAUGUUCAGGGACAAUUCGGCAAUGAGGAAACACCUGCACACCCACGGACCUCGAGUGCACGUCUGCGCGGAAUGCGGCAAAGCUUUCGUAGAGUCGAGUAAGCUGAAACGCCACCAGUUAGUGCAUACGGGCGAGAAACCCUUCCAGUGUACGUUCGAGGGCUGCGGAAAGAGAUUCAGUUUAGAUUUUAACUUGAGAACCCACGUGAGGAUUCACACGGGAGAUAGGCCGUAUGUGUGUCCCUUUGAUGGGUGUAAUAAGAAGUUUGCGCAGUCUACCAACUUGAAAAGUCACAUUUUAACUCAUGCCAAAGCCAAGUCUAGAAACAAUUUGCAACGCACUUCGAAUAGUAUACAAAUGAUUCAGCAUCCUUUUGUACAAGUCGAAGUCAAUGAUCCGGAUUACAUCGUUUAUGCUGAUUAG